CAGUGCCGUGCCAAAUAGGGCCGCAAACUAUCGGACUCAUUGGAAGGCCCGCGACUGCGGCUGCGCCUGCGCCCGACCAAACGUAGGAGACCCAUCUCCUCUCUUUUCUUUCCAAGAAAAGUCUUCUCUUCUCUGUCUCAGCGCCGACGCUUCCCAACUCCUUCCAAUCGAUUCUUCGUCUCGUCCUCGUGUAAUCCCCAGCUUGCCCUCCUCGCUCUUCCCUCCCAAAACCCUACGCCUCCCUGACCAAGCUCCGGGGACGAAUGGACGGAGGAGCCGGCUUCCCUGGCACGCCGGUCCCGCGCUCGCCGGAGGACGUUUUCCGGGACUACCGCGCGCGCCAGGCCGGCCUAAUCAGGGCGCUCACCACCGAGAAGGAUAAUUUAUGUUUAUAUGGACUUCCCAAUGAGACAUGGGAAGUAAACUUGCCUGCUGAGGAGGUUCCUCCUGAACUCCCAGAGCCAGCUCUCGGAAUUAAUUUUGCUCGUGAUGGGAUGAAUGAAAAAGAUUGGCUAUCACUUGUUGCAGUGCAUAGUGAUUCUUGGCUAAUGUCUGUUGCAUUUUAUUUUGGAGCAAGGUUUGGAUUCGACAAGGAAUCCAGGAAACGUCUCUUCACCAUGAUCAAUAAUCUUCCCAGCAUAUAUGAGGUUGUCACAGGAACAGCCAAGAAAGAGUCCAAAGAAAAAACUCCUAAAAGCAGCAACAAGACUAACAAAUCUGGCUCAAAGCCUUCACGCCAGGUAGAACCCAACUCCAGGGUCCCAAAGAUGCCACCUCCAAAGGACGAGGAGAGUGAAGGGGAGGAAGGUGAACCACAGGAAGACCAUGAGAGUGCGCUGUGCGGCGCAUGUGGCCUAGGUUAUGACGACUUCUGGAUCUGUUGCGACUUAUGCGAGACAUGGUUCCACGGCAAGUGUGUCAAGAUCACCCCAAAUAAAGCGGAGCACAUCAAGCAGUAUAAGUGCCCCUCGUGCACAGGAAGCAAGAGGGCCAAGGCUUGAUUCUAUCUAUCUACGAUAUAGAUAUGAAUUGCGGACAAUGCUCCAAGAACCGAGGAGCCUUUGACGAGAGUUGUAAGAUGAAUCUUCCGGGUAGGGCAGCUAAUAGAUUUGAAUACUUCGUGUGGAUACUGUCGGCAUUGGUGCUUGAGAUGCCUCAAAAUAUAGUGUCAGUACUGAUCAACUGUUAACUGUUGUAGUUUGUGGGGCCCUCAGGCAUCUAUGUUCUGUAGUCUACUGUGUGGUGGUUUAGAUACCGUCUAUGCCAUUUGUGAUGAAGCAGUCGUUUUAAAGUUAGAUCCCAGUAAUUUCCCUACUAUACAUUUGUCUUCGUGUAAUCGUGUUUAGGCAGAAUCUAGCAGUGAAGGUCAGGUCCCGAUUGUUUAUGCAUUCGAAGAUGUCGGUUAAA